GAGAGCUGCAGCGGUGCCUGGUGUAGAUCCAGGUGUUUCGGCGUCGAAGAAUGGUGGAGCGGUUCCCUUGGAGUGACAAGGGCCUGCUGCCCGUCCUCCUCGCAGCCAUCCUAUCAUCCGUCAGCAGUCUGACGUGGUCUGUCAAUGGAGUGUCGUCCCCAUCCUUGAGUGCGCCAUCGCCCAUGGCCUUUCUGAGCGGCGCUUCCCCUGCUGCUGGCGGCCGGCCAUUUCGGAGGCGAAGGGUGAGCCUCACACGCAACGCAACGCAACGCAAGGAGGCCACUGAUGUGUGUGUGUUUGUUUGUUUGUUUGUUUCCGUGUGUGUGUUGUGCCAGCGUGUGAUUGUGAUGGCGAGGGACAGCCGCAGCGCCCAGAGCAGGAUGAUCAGGCGGCGCAAGAAGGGCAUCAGACGGCUGGAUGAGCAGCCCCCGGCGGACACCGCACAGCCAGAAAGGAACCAAGGUAUCCAGCAACAGUCUCCCCCAGAAGCAGCAUCGCCACCGACAGCUCCCCCACCCCGUGCACCGCCCGCCGCUGCUCCUCCCUCCCCCUCACCCUCUCCCCGUCUGCCGACCACCCUCACCCCAGAGGAGCAGGAACUCAUGGCCGACACAUCCACCACACAGACAGCCGAUGGCUCCCAGAAGCUCAAGAUCUCCAGCACCCUCAAGAAGUACGGCCAGCAGCCGACUCCCGACGUGGCGGGCGCCUCGUUCGACGAGAUUUUUGCGCCGAUAUCUGCCAAGGGUCUUGGGCGUGAGAGUUUGUUCACCACUGACGACACGCAGAUCCCUGAGCUGGAGGAGGUCUUUGAGGAGGCCGCCAGGCGGAAGCUGCAGCAGGAGAAGCGCGCCGAUAUCAACGCUGCAAAGGCGGUGGGUGCACUUGUUUCUCUCUGUGUGUGUGUGUGUGUCAUGGGUGUCAUGAUGAUGUGGUGUGUCAGAGGGAGAAGAUUCGCCGUUCUGACACUGAGCGCAUCCGCGAGGAGCUGUUGUACGACCCCUUCGCCGACACGCAGUUCGAGCGGUUCGUGGAGGACCGCAAACCGGUCGACGCUGUCGGCGCCGUAUUCGGCGAGGGCCUGGCGCCCGCACAGCCAUUCCUGGGCUUCAUCCCCACGUCAUUCUUGCAGACAGGUCGGUAAUGGUGGGGUGGGGGGGUGUUCAGGUGUCUGUGCGUCUGUGUGUGUGGAUGGAUGGAUGGAUGUGUGUGUGUGCAGGUCAUUUGGUGCUGCUCUUUGUUGUCGCGUUGUGUGGAUUGGUGGAGGACCCCGGCAACCCCCUGACCAAUCUGCCGCUGCCCAUCAGGAACUUCUUCGUCACUGUGAGUGACGACACUGUCGCCACACAUGACACACACACACACACACACACACAUCCGCCCUCCAGCCAUCGACAUGUCUUACCAUGUGUGUCUUUCAGGGUUUGGGUCUUGUGUUUGCGGUGAAUGUGGUGCUGUCGGCGCUGUCAAUCUCCCCCGCCAUAGCGCGGAAGCAGCCGUGGUACUUCUGGGCCUUCAAGACACUCCUGCUUGGCGGACUGGCGUACGAUGAACUCAUGCAGGUCGGCAGACAGACCAGGCACAUGACAUCGAUGAGACGGACGGCACUUACACGCCAUCCAUUUGUGUGUGGGCGUGGGUGUGUGUGGUGUCAGAUCCCGCCCUUUGACGAAGACCCAUCGAAGCGGCCUCCCCCGCAGCCAUCUAACCGCUUCACGGAGGCAUCCAGGGCCAGAGCGGCCGACAGGGGCGACGUACAGGCCGUUGCAAUGGCGCCACCGCCCACAUCUGCCGGCCCCCCUGCUGGUGCUGGUGCUGGUGCAGGGAGGGCGGGUGUGGGCAGGGGCAGCGGGAAGGCCACCACUACGAUCCGCAGGAGGCGGAGGAAGGUGCCCUCGAAUAAGGGGACAUAGCCUAGCCAUGGGCAUGGGCGGCGUGGAACUAAGGGAAUUUUGCGACCGAGUUUGAUUGAUAUGUUGGGCGGCUCACUCACUCAGUGGCUGGCAAGUGUGGCUGUGAGUGCUGGAUGGAGUAGGGGUGUUUCUCGGACGUGAGGAGGAAGGACCAUGACUGAGAGUGGUGUGUGUGGGGGGGGUUGUGUGGCUGAAUCAAGUCACAAGAUGUGUGGAUGGAUCCGUUGGCAACAGGUGCACUGACGCUCAUAGACACACACAUAAAU